CAUCCUGUAGGUUAUUGCAGCCGACUGCAAAAGGGUCACAGUGCUGAAGUAUUUUCUGGAAGCCCUUUGUGGACAAGAAGAGCCUCUGCUGGCAUUCAAGGGUGGAAAAUAUGUGUCAGUGGCACCCGUCCCAGACACCAUGGGAAAGGAAAUGGGAAGCCAAGAGGGAAAACAACUGGAAGAUGAGGAGGAGGACGUGGUGAUUGAAGACUUUGAGGAAGAUUCAGAGGUCGAAGGCAGUGGGUGUGAGGAUGACAUCAGAGAACUUCGAGCCAAGAAGCUGGCUCUGGCCCGGAAGAUAGCUGAGCAGCAGCGUCGCCAAGAAAAGAUCCAGGCUGUUCUGGAGGACCAGAGCCAGAUGAGGCAGAUGGAGCUUGAGAUCAGACCCCUGUUCCUUGUACCAGACACCAACGGCUUCAUUGACCACCUGGCCAGUCUGACACGGCUGCUGGAGAGCAGGAAGUACAUCCUGGUGGUGCCCCUUAUCGUGAUCAAUGAGUUGGAUGGCCUGGCCAAGGGGCAGGAGACAGACCAUCGAGCUGGAGGCUAUGCUCGCGUGGUACAAGAAAAGGCCCGCAAGUCCAUCGAGUUCCUCGAGCGGCGAUUCGAGAGUCGGGACUCUUGCCUACGGGCCCUGACCAGCCGUGGCAACGAACUUGAAUCUAUCGCCUUCCGCAGUGAGGAUAUCACUGGCCAGCUGGGUAACAAUGAUGACCUGAUCCUCUCCUGCUGCCUUCACUACUGCAAAGACAAGGCUAAGGACUUCAUGCCCACCAGCAAAGAGGAGCCAAUCCGGCUACUGCGGGAGGUGGUGCUGUUGACUGAUGACCGGAACCUGCGUGUGAAAGCACUGACAAGGAACGUGCCUGUGCGGGACAUCCCAGCCUUCCUCACAUGGGCCCAGGUGGGCUGAGGGGGCCACACCAGGGCCCACCCCCAUGGAACCGUUCCUGAAAGGCCACGAGGCGCCCAGUGUAGCACGGAAGAUGCCCACGUGCCUGAGCCACCAAUCCACCCAGACAAUAAACCAUCCUCUUCCAAUCCACGCCGUGGCCAUGCUGUGGGGGAGCUGCUCCUCACAGAGCCCCUCCCAAGGGUCGGGCGGAAGCUGCUGGGACCCUCCUGGGCUGCCAGGAUUUAGUAGGGAGGUGGCUGGCUACAGCAACAGCAGGUGGGCAAGCCAGAUAGGCUGCCCAAGCUCUCAGCCUCUCUCCCUCCCCUUGUCUCAUUUCAAGGCUGAGGGAGGGCCUCCUCACCCUGGGACUCAGCCAUUCUCUGACAGAGAUGGCAGGCGUUUUAGAGUUUCCAUCAGAUGCAGGCGAAUCUUAGGUUCCUUUAAUCUUCAGAACCUCUGUCCUGAAUGUGUUUAAGGAGUUUCAGUUAUGUCACGAAGAAGUUGUCCAGGGUGUGUCUCUAUCUCCCUGAGGCCUAGAUUUGAAUUCCCCUGGACCUAAGUUGGGUUUUGGGUUCCAUGUUCCUAACAGCAGCCCUAGACCCCCACCUUCUCUAUCCCCAACCUUAUACAUACCCCUAUCCUCUGCUCUUCUUUUCUGCCCUUAUCAGUCUGGGUCUCUUGCACUUUACCACUUGUUUUCCCCCUGAACAGUAGAGAAAGGGACAUCUGGUCUCAGGCCCCAUACAUCCUGGGUGGCCUUCGCCUGCAAUCUUUCCCCUCAUUGGCCUUCCUUUCAUUCUAGUUCCCUCUUCAGGAAGUUUCCUCAGACUCUUAGUUCCCCUCUUCUUGUCCUCCCUCCUUCCAGAACACCUCCUUACCCUCCUUCCCUUUCUAUUGGAUCCCUUUCACCUCCUGAUGCCCUCAACUUCCUCACCUCAGUUCUGUCUUAGGGGUUCUCACUCUGAAUCUUCGUCUCCUCCUACCUGUGGCAGAAGCCUAGUAAAGCUUUCCCACCCAUAUCCUUCUAUGCCAGGCCCCUGUGCUCUUGAGAAACUUCCCAGGCUUACAUAGCCCAGACCGUAAUGCAGUUCAAUGCCAGGGUGUAACAUUGCCUAGCCUGGAGUUUUUGUCAUUUCUGCCUUUCCCUUGACUUCCCAGAAGAACUGAUGCAGGGGCCCUUUAGCAUUUGAGUGUUUUGUUGUCCUUUUAGCUGGUACCCAUGUUCAGAACCUCAGCAGGAAAGCGUCCUGCUGGAAAUGAGUUCCUCCAACCCAGGGGCAGGGAUAAGGACUAGGGAAAGACAGGGUUUUAGGUGGAGCCACAGGUGAAUCUUGGUGGGACCAGUGGGGAAACACCCCCAAGAACCUACAGCCUGCCCAGAGGAUGGGAGCACUGCUCUGGCCACCCUGAGAGACAGGACUAUGACAGAAGGAGGGGAGACUAUGCAUGAGAGCCAAGGCCAAUAGUUUUGGGGUCAUGAGUCCCCCAGACCCUCAGAAGACUGAGCUGGGGUAUAGGGUCCCUGCCUCUCCUUUGAGAUCCCCUGACAAAACUGAUGAC